AUGUGCGGUACCUGCAACGGAGACGCAGCUGGCGCUGCCCCGCCCGCCACGAACUCGACGACGGACAAUGCUGCUCCCUCAGCAUCGACAAGCAAUGGCGUCUAUCCUGCCCAGGGCAACCCGGCGUCUUCUCCCUACCAGUCUGUUCAGGACUAUAUCUCAAAUGUUGGCAGGUUCAAGAUCAUUGAGAGCACUUUGAGAGAAGGAGAGCAGUUUGCGAACGCCUUCUUCGAUAUCGACACUAAGAUCAAGAUCGCCAAAGCACUCGAUAACUUCGGUGUAGACUACAUCGAGCUGACCAGCCCUGUAGCUAGUCAAGCUUCUUAUGAUGACUGCAAGGCCAUCUGUCAGCUUGGUCUCAAGGCCAAGAUCCUUACGCACGUCCGCUGUAAUAUGGAAGAUGCGAAGAAGGCAGUCGAGUGCGGCGUGGAUGGCGUCGACCUGGUUAUUGGAACAUCAAGCUUCCUCCGGGAAUAUUCCCACGGCAAGAGUAUGGAUAUGAUAAGAUCCAUUGCCCUGGAGGUCAUUGACUAUGUGAAGAGCAAGGGUGUUGAAGUCCGCUUUUCAAGUGAGGACUCCUUCAGGAGCAACCUCGUCGAUAUCCUACACCUCUACCAAGCCUGUGACAAGGCUGGUGUCGACCGAGUAGGUGUCGCUGAUACCGUUGGCGGAGCCACGCCAAGGAUGGUCUACGACUUGAUCAGGACAUUGAGAGGCUGUGUGGGCUGCGACAUAGAGACCCAUUUUCACGACGAUACUGGCUGCGCAGUUGCAAAUGCACACUCCGCGCUCGAAGCUGGGGCCACGCACGUCGAUACCAGCGUGUUGGGAAUCGGCGAACGCAACGGCAUCACUCCGCUUGGUGCUUUGAUGGCCCGGAUGGUUGUAACAGCACCGGACUAUGUCAAGUCGAAGUAUAAUCUCAAGGCAUUGAAGAGCUUAGAAACCCUGGUUGCCGAUGCUGUCCAGGUCAAUAUCCCAUUCAACAAUCCUGUGACGGGCUUCUGCGCAUUUACUCACAAGGCUGGCAUCCAUGCUAAGGCUAUUCUUGCUAACCCAUCAACCUACGAGAUCAUCGAUCCGCACGACUUCGGAAUGACACGCUAUGUCUCCAUUAAUUCAAGAAUUACAGGCUGGAAUGCUGUCAAGGCCCGUAUCGAGCAGCUAGGCCUGGGCUCGGAGUUCUCUGAUGAUCAAGUUAAAGAAGUGUACGGAUCUCCCCUCUUCUCCGCCCUGUUUCACUGCACGGGCGAUAUUGACACUAUGCGCAGGACUGCCAAGAUCAAGCAAAUGGCGGACAUUCGCCCCCUGGCUAUUGACGACACAGACUCAAUUAUUAGGUCUUACCAUCUAGAUCUGCAGGUAUAA